AAUAUUCUUAUGCCAAACAAUCAAAACAUUGAAUUAUAACCUAAUAAUUUCUCAGUUUUCCACUUUUCACAAAUAAAAAGAAAAUUAUGGAUGAAGAAAACGCUCCCAGCGUCGACCCUAAAGAUGCAUUUUCCACAGGUAUCGUUUCACAAGUGGACCACCCUAAAUUCUCAGAAAAAGGCAAAGAACUGAGCCACGAAUCAGUGGCCCCCCAAAACUCUUACCAAAUCAAACCCAGUUUUCAAGACACAUUCAAAGAAGCUCCAGUCAAAGAAGUAGUAAUAAACGUCCAACAAAACACUUUAUAUGGACAAACUUAUGAUGCAGAUAGUGCUAAAAAGUGGACAAUUAGAAUGGCCAACGAAAUCAAUGAGAAAAUUAAAGACAUAGGCAUGAAAAGAUUCAGGCAUGUUGUACAAGUGAUAAUAGGAGAAAGAAAAGGACAAGGAGUCAAAUCCGGUAUCAGAUGCACUUGGGACAGCGAAACUGAUACUUGCAGCAGCGAAGUUUUCAUGAACGAUACAAUUUUUUGUGUUAUCACAGUAUUUGCAGUAUUUCAUUAUUAAAUUAUAAGCAAAAUUGUGUUUUUAAUUUCAAAAUAAAUCAAUAGAUAUAUCCUA